GUUGUCGUGGGUGGCUUCGUCCAUGCGCUCGUAGUUGCAAGGGUCCGUUUACUACUGUACGAUCACAAGCAUCUCCAGGCAUGCCACCUUUGCUCAACCUCACCACCCCCUCCCCUUUCUCGCGUCCGAGAAGCAGCCCUGCCGAACCUCUUGCCAGUUCGAUGCGCAAGAUAUAGCUUCGUCGUUGUCCUGCACCGCAGCAGGCUCCCUCACCGCCCAAAUGUCCACCGCUCGCUAUGCGCCCUCGGCCGCCCAUCCCAUGGCCCAGCAAGCCGCAUACCGCGCUCCGGCGCCCAUCGCCGUCUCCAAUGCCCCUCCAGGCACCUUUGCGCCUGGCACCAAGGUCCAGGUGGGCAACCACCGUGUCACCAUCGACAAGUACCUCUCCGAGGGCGGUUUCGCGCAUGUCUACCUCGUCCGCGUACCCAAAUCCGACAACGGAACCCCCGAGACGGCUGUCCUGAAGCGGGUAGCCUGUGCAGACAAAGAUGCACUCGCCAAUAUGAGGACCGAGGUCGAGACCAUGAAGAAGCUCAAGGGCCACAGCAAGAUCGUCACAUACAUGGACUCGCAUGCUUCACAGCUCAAGACUGGGGGCUAUGAAGUAUUUCUGCUCAUGGAAUUCUGUUCAGGCGGCGGUUUGAUUGACUUCAUGAACACCAGGCUCCAGCAUAGGUUGACCGAGCCUGAGAUUCUGCACAUCUUCUCCGAUGUCGUCGAGGGCGUUGCAACCAUGCACUACCUCAAGCCACCGCUCCUCCAUCGCGAUCUCAAGGUCGAGAACGUCUUGAUCACUACCGUGGCAGGCAACAAGAUAUACAAACUAUGCGAUUUUGGUUCCACUGCACCGCCGAGACCUGCCGCUACAACUGCCGCCGAAGGGAGAUUGAUCGAGGACGACGUACAGCGGCAUACCACACUACAGUACCGCAGUCCGGAAAUGAUCGACGUAUAUCGCAAACAACCAAUAGACGAGAAGAGCGACAUAUGGGCGCUGGGUGUGCUCUUGUACAAAUUAUGCUACUAUACGACGCCUUUCGAAGAAGUGGGACAAAUGGCCAUCCUGAACGCCUCGUUCAAGUACCCAGCCUACCCCCAGUUCUCCGACAGGAUAAAGAAGCUCAUAGGCUCGAUGCUGAGAGAGAAUCCACAGCAUAGACCCAACAUCUACCAGGUGGUCGCCGAGGUCUGCUCGAUGCGACACCGGCCGAUUCCUAUCAAGGAUAUCUACUCUGGCAGAACACAGUCAGAAGCGCGACGGAACCAGCAGCUUCCGCCUACCGAGCCCCAAGUCUCUUCGCCGCCUCCUGUUGUCGGUCUACAAAGAGUUGCACCUACCGUGCAGGUUCAGCAGAUACCAGACGUUACGCCCAUGAGGAGAGGCCGACCUACUGGUCCAGUUCAGGCACCUCCAGCAGCAAGGCCAAGUCCAUCGCCCAUGAGAGGAACGACAUCUGAUCCUUUCGCUGCACUCGACUCCCAGGAUGUUCAGGUCAGACGUGCUGCUGCUGACGAGCUAGCCUCACGCUUCCCUUCUCUGGACGAAUUCUCCUUGUUGCAUGACCGAGGCCAGAAGUUUGAAUUCGGCGAGGCACCAACGACUUCUGACCCAGCACUUACUAAGCGUGUGACAGAUGCGCUUGCGGAUGAAGCUUUUGCAUCGCCUCCGCUCUCCAAGGUUGAUUCAGCACCUGGCGUAAAGCCCUCAUCCGCAGUGUCCUCCGCGGGCGUUUCCAGGACCACCUCUCUGAGAAAACCACAACCCUAUGAAGCCAAAGAUAGUCCACGAAACGCUAGCACAAACAUCCAAUCGCCCAUCCCACAGCGGGUCGGUAUGGUGUCUACUGGUGUCCAAACGUCGCCACGGGCAUCUCCCGUUUCCGCACAGCCGAAACUCCCAGACGUCAACAGCCGGCCAAUCUGGAAGGUGCCUCUCUCAACACACCACAACCGUGCUCUGAGCCAACAGGCGUCGGAGAGUCGACCAAGAAGUCCUCUGAGCAGUCCAUCGUUGCGACCCGAAUUUGCUUUGCCAGCACGCCCUUCUUUUGAAUCGAGAUCAAAGUCCCAGCUCAACAUUCCUCAAUCUCCUGCUUCUUCUAGACCUUCUCUGGAAAGCUCACGCCCAUCGGCUAUGGAGAUGGGUUCUGCAAUCGACCGAUCGAGAUCUGCAAACUCAAAUGCACGUCCAGCCAGUAUGCACGUAGAGUCAAACCUUGAUUAUCUCCGUGAUCGAGAGAUGGCUCCCGGUCGUAACUUUGAUGCUCCAUCAUUACAGCGUCGUGUCACCGCAAAUGCAAUCGACGACUCCGAGCCAGAGGAAAAGAAUGUUAGGUCGAGUGUCGACUUCCUACGCUCCAUUGAACAGGAAGAGCAUGGUCAUAAGCAUCGCCGGAGUAGCUCUCACGGCAAACAUGGCAAGCGCGGGAGCAUCACAAACAUCGUCAAGGGAAGGUUUGGCGACGCCUUCCGUCGCUUUGAAUCCACCAAGACGCCCGAACAUGAACGCGAUCAACCACCCAUGACGCCAACCGACCAGUUCAUGGAUUCCAAGGGUGGCCUGACUCCUAUCGCCGGCUCCGAAGCUACAGGUGGCUUGAGUGAUGACGAUCGCAGCCAAAUCGAUGAAACGCAGGAUCUACCACCAGAGGUUCGAAGAGAACUCGAGAAGAGACAACUAGCUGAAGAAGAGCGCCGUGUUGAAGCUGCUGCUGCCGAGUACAAGCAACGCGUUGCCUCGCAGGGGCAGGGAGGGCCCAAAGCCGGCCCAUCCAAGGCUUCAUCGAUUCAGAACCGCGUCAAGAACUUGCUCGAUGAAAGCAGCAAGCCAGCAGCGUCCAAUCGUACGGCUGAGGGCUACGGGAAGUAUACUGAUACUGGAAAACCUCUACCUAUGCGGCCACAAGACCAAAGCGGUGCACGACAGCCACCCGCCAUUGCCCGUAAACCCAUGAAUGUCUCCUCGCAACAGCCUCAAGACCUUGCUUACGCAAAACCGUCUUCGAUCCGACCGAAUAUGCCCCCACCAGCACCUUCCGCUUCAGCACCGCCAACAAUCAAUGUUCGCAACCCCUCUGGACCGCCUCCACGCGCCCCCAAGCCUAAAAAUCUGCAAACAGGGGGCUCAGUAGGUCCUGGUCAAAGUUCGCCUGUCAAGUCUGCCCCUACAGUUAAAGAGAAGCUACUUGCGCCCGUCAGCCGCGACGGUGGUGAUGACUUUGACGUCGACACCUUCAGCAAGAGGUACCCUAGUUUGAGCGGGUUGGAAAUGGUAGAGACUGAGAUUCCACGUCGCACCGUUCGCGAUGUCUAGGCGUGCCGAGUUUUGUUUGCUUGUCGAAAUUUAGAUCCAUCAUCUGCACUUUUGAAGCGUUCGCAUAGCAUGUUGGCAAGAAUUAGCAUUAUCAGAUAGCAAUACAUAUAGCAGAGGGAACAAGUGGAAGUCGGGCAGGUCAAGAAUAUAGAUUAUUGUUAUUGGGAUGAGAUUG